AUGGGGUCCCCAAUCUCCGGCUACCUGGCUGAGGCGGUCUUGCAGGAACUGGAAACGCGGGUCUUCCAGACAUACAAGCCGAAAUUCUGGAUGCGCUACGUAGACGACACCUUCGUCAUCCUACACCGAGACGCGAAAGACAACUUAAGAAGAGAAUUAGACUCGGUUUUUCCACAAAUCCAAUUUACCAUGGAGGAAGAAAAUAACGGAGUGCUCCCUUUCCUCGACGUCCAGGUAUCGAGGCAGGAAGACGGAACCCUCCAGACUGGUGUCUUUCGAAAGGCGACAGACACGGAGAAAAUUCUUCAUUACAACAGCAACCAUGCCCUGUCGCAUAAGCGCAGUUGUGUCCGGACCCUUUUUCGCCGCAUCUACACACACUGCAGCACAGAAGCCGAGAAGCUGCGGGAGCGUAAAACCCUAUGGCGCCCCUUUCUUGCCAAUGGAUAUCCACGCAGUUUUGUGAACAAAUGCUUGUACCGAAGGCACACGAAGACGGACGGUGAGAAGAAACAAAGACCAGAAAUCUUCCGUGUCUUGCCCUACGUGAGUAACGUCUCCGAAGCCACUGAGCGCAUGCUAAGGCCGCUAGGCGUGGGCUUUGGUCACCGACCGGAGGCCGCCAUCCACCGCUUAAUCAUGCAGCCCAAGGACCGGCUACCACCUGCAGACACGUCAGGCGUCAUCUAUCGCGUCAAAUGUCUGGACUGUCCAGCCAACUACUGUGGCAUGACCGACAAACGCCUAAGAACGCGCAUGCAUGAGCACACUUUGGCCGUAAGGCAAAAGGAUGUACGAUCGCAUGUCGCCAUGCACAGUCUGGAAAAUAAUCAUAAGUUCGACUUUGACGGCGCCCAAGUGCUCGGCCGGGCCGAAAGCAAACUGGUGAGGGAACUAAUCGAGGCCUGGAAAUGA